UGAAGACUGGUAAUCCUUUCGCUGUCCUGCCCUCGACGGAAUCAACCGACGAACGUGGUCAGUCUCCCGGUCCGAAGAGAUCCAUUUAUAAAUUGAUUACUGUAUUAUCUUCGAAAUCUGCGGAGACUACAGUUUGGUCUCAUCGUAAAGCUUGUUGGCCUUCGCUGAAGCUGAAGGAGGAUCAGACUGAAUUCAGUCCCUUCGCACAUCGUACAAAUACCUUCCUUUGGCUAAAGGCUGUCUUGGAUCGGUGCACCUGGAAACGUCGACCAACUCCUUCGUCCCAUCUCCAUCUUCUGACAGGGGAUCCAGAGAGCCACUCGAUUGUAGUCAGACCCCAUACUUGUCACCAGUGCUACGCCUGUGGCAGGUGCAUGAUCAUCGUUGGCUCCGUACUUGCGGUACUGGUCAUCCUCUACGCUUGCAGCGUUGAAAUUCUGUGGGAUAGAGAUUGGAUUUACAGAAAAGCCAUGAACGUGUCUGGAACGGCUGGCCCGGUGGAAGGCAACGGGGCAGAGCACACUGCUCCGAUGAUCAAGAAGCGAUGGCUACAUAGUCAUAACGAUGAGAUGCAGGGAUCCAAGGCUCUCACUCUCGCCCUCAGUCAUGGUUACGGAUCCAUCGAGGCGGAUGUUUGGCUUGCAGCGUACGAUCAAUCUGGACAUGCUGAAGGUCGGGCGUUAUCUCACGAACCCGGCGCAGCAAGUCGCGUACCCGAAUCUCGACAUUGGUUGCCGGUCCCUGAGAUCAUUGAUGAGACGGAGAGGAAGAGAUUGUUGUCUAUUGCUCCACGACGGCAACCUGGCACCGGCGAUCAAGCUGGAACAUCAGCGGUUCCUCAACAUGAAGAUCCUCGAGGUGCGCCAUCGCCGCAACAAGCGCACGCUCCCAGCGCCGGCAUACAGAGCCGGGAAGCAGUCAGUGCACCGACUUUGACGGUUGGUCAUGAAGAGCACGAGAUUUCCGGGACAUUUAAGGACAUCUACCUUGAUCCACUGCUCAAAAUCCUGGACGAAAACAACAAAGGUCGAGAUGUUCGUGCUGGAGAUUGGGUCGGACUGUACAAAGAUGAUCCCAAGGCGGAAGUGCAGAUACUGGUGGACAUGAAAUCCGACGGCUACGCAACUUGGCCAUACUUGGAUGCCGCUGUAGAGCCAUUCCGCGCAAAAGGUUAUCUUACUACCUAUGACCCUGCCAGCUCCAAAUGGACAUAUGGACCUCUUGUCAUGGUCUGUGGAGGCUCCGCCCCCAUUGCCGGUACUUACUACUCAUCCCCUCGGGAUCUAUUCCACGAUGCCCCGCUCAUCAAGCUGAAGGAGCCUCUGUCUAUCCCCGCUUCCGAGCACGGCCCAGCCAUCACGACGGAAUGGACUUCCGAUCUAGCGCCUAUGGCCAGCUCCAAGCUGCCGAUUCAGUACAAUCUUGGAAUCGCCUUGCCGCCUCUACAAGCUGCUCAGACGUUGACCGAGUUCACGUCUGAAGCUAGAAAGAGGGGUAUCAAAUCUCGUUGGUGGGGAUUCGCCAAGUCUCCACGAUGGUUGAGAUGGAGGAUAUAUCAGUUGUUGAAGGAUGGUGGAGUGGAUUGGAUCCUGGGAGAUGAUUUGGAUGAUACUGCAGCUUGGGAUGAUGAGCAGCAGCAGCAACAGCAGCAGCAACAGAAGCCACCACCGCCAACCAAGUAGGGAGAUGUGCGUGCCACUUUUCUGCCGAAUCAGGG